AUGCGGGCACGCUGUCUGGGCUCCAUAGAUUGUUCCGCCAGGGCGAACGACCCCUAUGAUGAGCAUGGCGAACUCAGAGUAAGAUAUCAAGACCAGAUGAGCAAUUACUACCCGUCCUCAGGAACCAAAGUUUCCUGGGGAAACGAGUAUUUCAGGCUGGACGAUGCUUACUGUCCGUAUGUCUCCUACGAGGCCGACAUUGAUCAUGAUUGUGAUCACAUCGAUGAUCCGGCCAGAUUCAACAUCUUCACGGCCACCUUUGGAGAGUAUGGAAGGCAAAAUGUAGUUCGUGCAGGGGCAGCUAGUGAUUGA